ACUGCCCACCUGUGACCAUGAAGGCUGUCCUCCUUGCCCUGCUGGCCGCUGGCCUGGUCCUGCAGGCAGGCCGUGCGCUGCAGUGCUACUCCUGUAAGGGCAAGGUGAGCAACAGCGACUGCCAGCAUGUGCAGAACUGCAGCCAGUCGGACACCCAGUGCUGGACCGAACGCAUCCGUGCUGCCGGCCUCGUGACCAUCCUCAGCAAGGGCUGCACCUCGCACUGUGUGGACGACUCUCAGGACUACUACGUGGGUGAGAAGAACGUCACAUGCUGCUCCACCGACCUGUGCAACGCCAGUGGGGCCCAUACCCUGCAGCCGGCUGUCACCACCCUGGCGCUGCUCACCUCGCUGGGUGGCCUGCUGUUCUGGGUCCCCAGCCAGCUGUAGGCUCCAGGAGCACCCUGCCACAGCCCACCUUGUGCACAGUCCCUGGGGGCCCUGGGAUGCUCCUUACAUGCCCCAGGCGGAGCUGGGGCGGCCCCGGUCCCUGCGGGCAUGUCCUAACACAGGUGUGGCUACACCCCUCUGCCCCUCUGGCCCUCCUGGACUCCUGCCCACCUGCCGGGCAGGCUGGGCUCUGGUGACACAGACCAGCCUGCAGACAACCCUGCCAACCUCCAACAUCCCCCACCCUUAACCCUCUGCUCAGGCACCUCUUCCUCCAACAAGCCUUCCUUGCCCACCUACCCCCUCCAUGAGCUGAGCCAGAUCUGGUCCAUGGCGUCCCCUCACCAGCAGGCAUAGGCACUCAGGAGGGCCCAGUAAGGCUGAGACUAAAUGGGCUGAGUAGAACUGGGCACUAUGGGGGUGGUAUGAGGUCCUAGGAGUCUCAAGAGAUGGAGAGCUGGAGGGCUGGAGGGAGGGACCAGCCCCCCAUGUCCAUGGGGGUCCCUGAGCAGCAGCCCCAGCACACAGUAGGCCCUUAAUAAACACCUGUUGG